AUGUAUUUAAACCUUUUGUCUCUUGUAUCACCUAGGAUUCAAAAGCAGGAUACGAUCAUGAGAGAAGCCAUAACACCACAUGAAAAAUUUCUUGUGGCUGGAAGGAGUUAUGAAGACCUGAAGGGAGCAACACAUUCCAAUGCAAUUAUUCUGGAUUCUUCAGGAAAUAUAUUAGGACAAGCUCCAGGACCAGGAACAAACCAUCAUUUAGCAGGCAUGAAAGAAGCUCAAAAAAGGAUAGCUCAACUUGUAGAUGCUGCAAAAAGUAAAGCUAACAUACCGCUCGAUACCAAAUUAGAUGCCUUGGGUCUGAGUCUUAGCGGCUGUGAACAAGAAGAAACUAAUAAUGUAUUAAAAAAAGGACUUCUAGCAGACUAUCCAAAUUUAGCAGAGAAGGUGGUUGUAGCUAGUGAUACUGAUGGUUCAGUAGCUGCGACAUCAAAGACUGGUGGUGUAGUUUGUAUUGCAGGAACAGGAUCAAAUACCCUUUUGAUAAAUCCCAAUGGGUCUAAAGUUCAAUGUGGAGGUUGGGGAAACCUUUUAGGAGACGAAGGAAGUGCAUGGAAUAUAUCUCAUAUGGCCAUAAAAAUAUGUUUUGAUGAUUUAGACAAUUUUGAAAAAUCUCCACAUCCGAUACGUGCAGUUUGGGAUGUCAUUCGUUCACAUUUCAAAAUAAAAACACAAGCAGAUAUACUUGAUUAUUUCUACGCCAAUUUUGAUAAGGCGUUUAUAUCGUCUUUAGCUAAAAAACUCUCAGAAUUGGCUACACGCAAGAACGAUCCUCUGGCUCAACACAUAUUCAGCAAAGCAGGAAACUAUAUUGCCAAAAGUAUUACAGCUGUAGUUUUAAAAGCAAAUCCAAAGUUGACUGAUAUUGAAGGUGGAAUACAUAUAACUUGCGUUGGUUCCGUGUGGAAUAGUUGGGAGUUACUAAAACCUGGAUUCUUAAAAUAUUUGGCUACAACGAAUAUAAAAGAGCUAACACUAAUGCGACUAAACGUUGAGCAUGGCGUAGGAGCAGCUUAUUUAGCAUCAGAUAAACUAGGAGUACCUUUGGAUAGAGAUUAUUCUAAAAAUUUCAAAAUUCUCUUCUACUAUCUAAAGGAGGAAUCUAACUGUAAUACUUCUGGACAUAAUCAUAUUUGUGACAAGUAAAUUAUAUUUAUUUUUAGGUAUGUGUCGAAAACAUUUAAGAAAAUAUAAAAUCGAGAUAUAUUUGUAGAUUUGUUUUAUAUAUGUUUUAGACAUAUUGUAUUGUAUUAUAAAUAUAAUAUUUUAUACGAAUGAUAUACCCAACUAUCUAAACUUUUAUUUUAAAUAAUUUUAAAUAUUUAAAUUCCUUUUUACGUUGAUGAAAGUUCAACAAUUUGUAUUUGCAUGGCAAAAAUGUAUUAAUAUGUAGUACAAAGCAUUAACAAAUAUAUUGUAUAAAUAUCAUUUAUGAACAAGAUAAGCAGGUCUAAAGUUUUAUUAAUAUUUAAUAUCUAUAUAGUGAGAUUCGUCUAGUUUAUAUCUUGUGAAUGGUUCUAAAAUGCUGGUUUAAAUGUUCCCUUUCUCAGAUAUUUCAAAUUAGUCGUCCUGGUCCUCUUCUUCCUUUUGAUUUACCUUGUAUGGUAACCUGAAGAAUGUGAUGCUUGUUGGUUUCUAUCACACUCCCAAAAUAUGCCUGAUUUCUACAUUUAAUUAUGUUUUGUGCAAUUAAGUUCUGUGGUCUUAAUCUAUUAUUUGGAAAAUAUUUGCAUCCAUGAGAUACGGAUACUUCUGCGAUAACGACACAUUCUGAAUCCCGUUAUUUUUCUUGCAGUUUGUUUACUCAAUUUUAAUGCGAAUUUGUCCAGAGUGAUCUCAGUCAUCAUUUAAGUUGAAUCCCGCAUAUUCCCAGUUUAGGGAUGUACUUUCUUGGAUAAUAAUAUAGGAGCGAGCCAAUCAUCAGGAAAUGUCUAGAAAAUUGUAUUUAAUAGAUUUUUAAAAUUGGCAUGGGCCCCAUAGUACGACAACUAAUAGAGAAACUUAGAGAAUACAAUCUAGAAAAUUAUAUUUAGUUUAUUGACUAUUAAAAACCCUUCGAUCGGGCGAAGACAAACAUUUUGUGGAAAAUUACAGAUGUAGGUUUUAUCACAGACAUCUGAUAGAAAUAAUAAAAAGAUUAUAACACAAAACAAAUAAUACUAAAUACUAGAAAAUACACACAGCAGAAUCAAUAGGAACCAACAGAGGAAUUGGACAAGGCAAAGUUAAGGCUUUUAAAGGAAAAGAACUUGUACGUUCCAAAAUAAUAAUAAACGAAGAGCCCAUAGAACAGUGGUCGCAUUUUAACAUUUUAGGAACUCCGGUAAUAUUGCUUGAAUUUAAAUAAAAAUAAAAUUAAAAUAAGAAUUAAAAUUAGAAUUAAAAUAAAAAAAAAUAAAUCGAAUUUAUGAAAAUUCAAGACCUAUGUAACCCUUUCAACUUUUUUAUAGAGAUAUUCUCUCAAUAAAAGGACAACCUUGUAUAUCUAUAUAUACAGUAAUACCCCGAACUUACGUGAUAGGUGGGAUCGAGCAAUAACCGCAUUAGUCGAAUUCGCGUAAAACGGGGUACAAUUUCGUUUAUGUAUGUAUAUAAAUUAUUUUUAAUUGGGACAGGAAGCUAGAAAGUAACAAUUUACACGAAAAAUGUUUAUUAAAAUCUUAUAAUAUACAAAUAUAAAAUUGUUAUGGAAGUUAUUUGGUUGUAGAAGGCUUUAAAAAAUCUUAGAAAGUAGUUUGACGACUCAAAUUGUUUUUUCUCCCGCACAAUUUCCUGAUAGCAAGCUUUUAAUUAAGUUAUGAGUUCAUAAAUUAUCAGCUCAUGAUUGCAGGAAUCCAAAAGUUCUCACACGUCAUCGCUAUCCACUUGUAAAUUUAUUUGCAUGGCAAUAAAAACAACUUCUUUAGUCGCAUUACUAAUUUCAUUAGUGUUGUCGUCAAUUCCAUCUUAGUGUCAGCAAUGAAAAAAUUUCCUGACGCCAUCUAACGUUUUUUGUGAAAUUUCAUUCCAAGAUAUAAUGAUUUGCAUCUAAAACGUUGAAUUCAAAGUCUUUAACAGAUAACUUGUUUUUCUUAUAACUUCAUACAUAUGUGCAAAUGAUCGUGUGGUGUAACAAGCUUUGAAUUUUUAAAGACUCCCUGAUCCAUCGUUUGAAGUAAGCUGAUUGAUUAGCUAGUAAAACUUCUACUGUCAUACAUGGGUCAAAACUAGUUAAAGUUGCAGGAGGCUGACUUGGUGCGUUGUCGAUGAUUACUUUAAAUAGAAUUUGUGUAGAUUGGCAAUAACGUUCGACUUCAGCUAUGAAAUUAUGACCAAACCAAUUUUCAAAAAGGCAAUCUGUCUCUCAAGCUUUACGAUUAGACUUCGAAAUCACUCAGCUCAUCUCCAUUAAAUAUGAUUUGGUUGAUAUUACUACAUUCAUUUAUCAUAACUUUUUAUCUUCUCUAUCAUUUCUCUGCACAACUAAGACAAUUACAGCGAAUUUUGAAUCUGCUGAACCAACCGUUACUAGCUGUAACCUCUUCAUCUUUAGGAAUGUCUCUAGAAUCCUCUUUCAAUGUCUCAAAAAUAAGUUGAGUUUGGAAGUACACUGUGUUCUAAUCAAUAGGACAAUAUUUUACAUUUACCUGAUUGUAACACCAUAAUUUUAACAUUGUUUUUAUCUCGACAACAAUAGCGUAGCAACUAUGCUUAAAUUUAAAGUUCUUUUCUAAUUCACUUAUUUCCAUUUUUGUAUUAAAAUUUUUAAUUAUAUUAAGUUUAAAUUAACGAGAUUUGAAAAUCGCGUCGGUGAUGGUUCGUAAGUCGGGGUAGCGUAAGUCGAGAUAUUACUGUAUUUAAAUUUUUAACCCAUCCAUGCAAACUUCAAUCAACGAAACGAAAAAAGAAAAUGGACGAACUUUACCUAUAUCUGAUAAUACAUUAUCACGGCUUAACACUUUCUUAUAAUUCACUGGUGUCAAUCGAGCCAAAGGUCAACCAAUGUGCAUUCGUCGAAAAUUGUUCACCAGACCAGUAUUCGGUGCGUGUAGAUUCUUCAUUAGAAUAUUAUUAAGUCCGAAAUUUUCUGUUUGUCAGCAGCUGUUUGAAAUGCCAGACCAGAGUACGCCUACCUACAUUUUAGAAACAUUUGUCUUAAACAUUUUCGUACAACACCAAAUAGUUUGACAUAUGCCUAUGAAGAUAAUUUCAAAAAUGUCUUUUCCGCACUGUACUACUAUAUUCAACAUUUUUUUGUUUUCAGUUGUCUCAUAAAACGAAGAUAUUUUUUUUAAAUUAUAUUUACUUUAACAUAUGCUUGGUGCUAUUUUUUUAAACUAUUUACUUUCUUUAUAAUGACUUCUUAUAUGUAUUAAUUUUAGUUUGUUAAAAUAAUUAUUGCUACAUAUAUUACUUGCUAUGCAAAUACUGAAAUUUCAGUAUGGCAGAUAUCUAUUUAUGCAGGCAGUAUUUAUUCCUCAACAAUUUUGUAUUAUUUCGGUAUUAUUUUUAAUAACGAUAUUAAAUAUUUAUUUUUAAUAUAUUC